AUGCUACCUGCGUAGGGUGUGUGAAAUCCCUUGUGAGUUGCGCUAGCUAUGAUGAUUGCAGCGGCGGCGGCGGCGGCGGCGACGGCGAUGAUGAUGAUGAUGAUGAUGAGGAGGAGGAGGAGGAGGAGGAGGAGGGGGAGGAGAAGGAGGAGGAGGAGGAGGAGAACGCGGAGACUUAUUCUGUUCGCCUGGCCUCGUUUCAGGUUAACGACGUACGCUACGGCUGUUACUUGAACCAAGUCGCCCAGGAGGAGGAGGCCGCAGACAAGAUCAAGGCACAGGAGACCCAGAAGAAGCGCGAGGAACUUCAAGCCGAUAUGCGACAACAGGCGGAAACUCGCGAGCGGCGACGCCUAGAGGCCUACGAGGAGUUCAUGCGCGACAAAAUGCUCAUUGACGAGGUCGUCCGGAAGAUUCAUGAAGAGGACCAACUGUAAGUUGCAGCAGCAAUCUCGUCUCCUUUCUGGUUUUUGGUCCCCAAGACCGCGUUUUUAUACUCCCCUCCUCAUUCAUGUCCUCUUUUCUUCUCGGUUUAGUGAGGCCGAACGCAGACUGAUUUCAAGAAGAGAGCACAAAGCCCUUAUUGAGGAGUUCAAGGCCUGUCA